ACGGCAAGAACGCCCUCUCCACCUCGCCCUCGUCCCCCUCCUCCUCCUCCUCCUCCUCCUACUCGACGUCGCGCUACUCCCCCUCGACCUCCUCCUCCUCCUCCUCCUCCUCCUCCUCCUCCUUCCCCUACUCCUCGACCUCGUCCUCGUCCUACAGGUGGGCCGAGGAGAGAACGCUGCCCCGAGAGUGUGGCGUGAGUAACGUGCCGAGCCCAGGGUGGAACCUGAGGAUCAUCGGAGGGCGAGAGGCACAGCGGGGCAAGUGGCCGUGGCAGGUCGUGAUCCUCAACCGGUAUCAGGAGGCCUUUUGCGGGGGUACUCUGGUGGGGUCGCGGUGGGUCCUGACGGCGGCUCAUUGCGUCAGGAGGAAGCUCUUCGUCCGGCUCGGAGAACACGACCUGGCUCUCAGAGAAGGCGCCGAGGUCGAGUAUAAGGUAUCCCGAACGGUCAUACACCCCAAGUACGACUCGACGACCGUGGACAACGACGUGGCCCUCCUGCAGCUGCCCGAACCCGUGUCCAUGAACUCCCGCAUAGCCCCAGCCUGUCUUCCUGAACAAGGGACAAACCUACCUGUGGGAGACACGUGCACGAUCAUCGGAUGGGGGAAGGAGAGGAACACACACUUCUUCGGGACAGAUGUUCUCCACGAAGCUGAGGUUCCCAUCAUAGCCAGCAAAGCAUGUGAGACAGUGUACGAAGACUACUACAUCACCUCCAACAUGUUCUGCGCAGGAUACCUGGAGGGCAGAGUGGAUUCCUGCGCGGGAGAUUCAGGAGGUCCCCUGCUGUGCCAAAGACAUGGCCGUUGGUACAUAUAUGGAAUAACUUCCUUCGGCGAGGGGUGUGGAAAGAAAGGCAAAUUUGGCAUUUACGCAAGAGUUUCGAACUACCGCCAUUGGAUACAGUCUGUUGUCGCAAGUCCCGACUUCUGAAUUGUACAUUAGACGUCAGGGUUGUUAAGUAAUUCGUAAUUCCGCUGAAAAUCUCAUACUGUUAUCUUCAGUGUAUUGCGUAUGUGCUUGUAUAUAGUGGACCAAGGCGGAAGGGUAUGCACUUUACUGUAUAUAUAUUUGCAUGGUACGUCCGUCUUUAAUGCCACGCGGAAGAAAAACGUCGAUUCACGUCGAACUCAUUUCUUGCAAAUAGGACAUUCGAAAGAUAUAUAUGCCAAUUGCAAAUACGCCCGUAAUACGUAUAUCUGUGCAUACGGAAACAUUUUAGUGAUAUUGGUCCCACUGUGCGGUCACAUGGAUGUAAAACUGUACUUGAAGACUGAGUGAAAAAAAAAAUAUUUUCUUAAUGUAUAUAAUGUAUGAAGCAUUAAUACGCGGUCACAAGAUAGACCAUAGGUCAUUUAUGCUUGAUUAAAGAUAUAUAUAUAUAUAUAUUAUCAUUCCACAAACAGACCUGUUAUGUUGUUGUCAAUUACAUGUAUAUAAUGCAGUACAUAGCGUUUAUGAGAACUGGUUUGUGCUUGUUGAGUUUGGUGUUUACGUUCAAGAUUAUAUUCGGAAUGUGGAGAGGGCCAGUGGUUAGUGUCUAGCCUUAAACUCCUUCAGUAGUCAAUAUUUUGCCUAGGGAGAGUUUAGGCAACGGCACUGGUUUGGAUUGCCUGUCAUUCUCAGGGAGUAAAUGCCACUUCAUGCUUUCACUUCUUGUCUCAUCUUUUGAGCUGUUAUCUUCUUUAUUGUGCCAUAAAUCGUGCUUCUGCGUUUGAGCAAAGAAUAGUCAGCAUCAUUUUUAAUGUCAAUUGUUCAGAAUCCGGAACAGAAAAAUGUGUGUCCAUUACUGUUUUUUUAUUGUGAACAAAAAACACUGUUCUGGUUUGCUUUGCAUAUUAACUAAAAGGCAGAUAAUGUUACCAUAUGUUUUCUUAAUCUGGUUUAGAUCAUUGCUUGCUGCCAUUGUAAACUCGUUAUCCUAUAUAUAACAUACUGUAUAUAUAGCUUUAUGGUGCCCUUAAAACAGUUAUAUUUUUGCAGUAUAUUGUGUAUAAUGUAUUUAUGUUUGUUAAUGGAGGUUCCUAAUGUAGUCCCAACUCAAUAGCAUUCUUGUCCCUUGUACAUUGUAAUAAAUGACACAUUUUACUACAAUCUAAUUUGAAUAAGAAACAAAAGUUUAUACUUAAACACACCACUUGUUUCACCAACUUUUGUGUUGCUUCAUUAAUUGUGUGUGAAAAUAACUACCGUUACUCUACUUCAGGUACUUUUAUGGACAUGUUCAGUACUCUAAGACUUAAAAAGUAAUUGACUUUCAUACCUUUUAUCAACUUCAUCAAUUAACAUUAAAGGUUAUAUAUGGUAUAUAUGACCUGUUUAACACAACUUCAGUGAUUUGGUUUUUAAAGGUGCUUAGAACGGAUGAGACUUCUAAUGCAACCACUGUUAUACUUCCACCUAACACGAUCUUCUGCAAUGUCUCUGACGACAAAAAAGUUCUUAUUACAUGUAGAGUCCUUUUUCUUUGGAAGUUAUGCAGACUUAAAUGUUCAUGAAUAAUUCUACAUUCUACAAGUUCCUUUGUUAUCAUUACUCCAUGUCUGCAUAUGGUAACAAUGGCAUAUUGAUUGUCUAAAUGGAAUAAUCCUGAAUCCAUAAAAGGCUAACAAAUAUCCGAAGGUAAUUGAAGAUAUAAAAAGUAAAAUUAUUAAUUCUAUCCCCAUAUGUAAUUUGUACCCACACAUGCCAUGCUGUGAGAUGAAAUGAAGCUUGAUUCCAAAGUGAUAUAAAAGUUAUAUUCUUGGAGUAAUAAGUAAUAUUAAAGAUGCUGUCAGUGAUUUAAGAUGCUGGUAGUUAGGCUUAUGGAAUGAAGGAAAAUAUGUACUUAUCAUAAUUCAUCUUUUCGGUGUAACUCUAUAUAUAAUAAAAAAGUAAGUAAAAAAAGAAAAGAACUGAAAACUUUCAGCCAAAAUGCACUUUUGUUUACGUCUAAAUAUGCAAAGGCAAUUUAAUAUAGUUUCAAAGAUCUAUUCAUGAAGGACAAGUGGUUAUUAAAAAAAAAAAAAAAAAAAAGAUGAAAAAAAGAAGCAUCCAAAUAAGGGAGUUUCUGUAUUACACGAAGAAGGGCAUCCCCGACUUGUGCCAGUUAUGAGGGGCAAAUGGUCUUAAAUAUCAAUAUUGUAACUGAUUUUUGUACAAACAGAUGGACAUGUAUGCAUUCUUUUUCAAGGUAAUUGGCAUGCAUAGGUGUUCAUUGAAUUAUUGAUUGUAUUAGAGGUUAACUGACUGCCAGGUUUAACUUUUAAGUGAUUGUAAUUAGCUUGUGUUAUAUGGAUUAUCGUAACUUGUGACUUUAAUGUAUGAUUGAUUUACUUACUGUGAUUGAGAAAUUUGCAGAAAUAUGUAACAUAUCUUGUUCCCAAUCUCAGAAUAUUAAAAGCUGAGUGUUGUUGGUGGCUAGGUAUAGAAUGUAAAAUAAUGAUAUACUGAGUUUUCUAUUUCCAAAUAUUUACUUUGCUUAUUAGAAUAUAUCCCAAGAAUGAAUUAUAUUUAUUUGGUAUCAGUGUUUGUACUUUUUCAUAAUAAAGUAAUGGUAACAU